AUGGAGCUCGUCCAAAAUGUUAUCAACCAGAGCCAAGGAAGGGACCGUAUUUUCAGAACCACACAAUAUGUGUGUGCCCUUGCUGUGUAUGCGCUCCGAAACAACUCCCAGCGAAAGGAGCUGGUUGUCAAACUCAAGAGUCUGGAGGCAAACAUGAGUGCUGGACGAAAGUUGUUCAGGCUGGGGAAUGCAAUAAAUGCCAUUGAGGCUGCCAAGCGAACCAUGCGACUGUCUGACCGAGUGCUUUGCCUUUGCCUUACUGCUGCCAACAUCAACCGUGCUCUCUACUUUAUCUGCGACAACACGCUUUGGGCCGGGAACGUGGGCCUUCUGCGUAAUAUCGAUAAAGAGCGUUGGAGCGUUAGCGCCUCGCGAUGCUACCUCCUCUCGCUCGUUGCAAGCCUGACCCGAGAUGUUUACGUCAUUUCCCAGUUGAUGGUGCAGAGGGCAAGGGAUAAGCACUUUAGGCAGAAAAUGAAUUCACAUCUCAACGACAAUCCUGAAAUCGCAGAAGUCAUAAUCCCUCAUUUGGAUGCUUUUAUAUUUCUGCUGUUGCAGGUCUUCAAAUCCCACCCCGCUGUUGUUAUAGAUACCAUCAAAAACAUUUGUGAUCUGUCCAUCCCCUUGGACAAGUUGGGGAUCUAUCAGUCUAAUGCAGGUGUGGUUGCAUUUUGUGGACUGGUAUCCUCACUUAUUGGGAUUGUAACCCUCAUACAGCCUAAAUUGAGGAUAAAACCGUAA